UCUAAUUCUCUUGUCUCUGUUUAAUUAUCUCUUUUUACUACACACAAGAUGCAGAGAGCUCUCUCUUCCCGGACUUCUGUCCUCUCGGCCGCCAAGCGUGCCCCCUUCGCCAGAUCGCCGUUGAGCAUUCAACAGCAGCGUUUUGCUCACAAGGAGCUCAAGUUUGGCGUUGAAGCUCGCGCCCAGCUCCUCAAGGGUGUCGACACUCUCGCCAGGGCCGUUACCUCGACUCUCGGACCUAAGGGCCGCAAUGUUCUGAUCGAAUCUCCCUACGGUUCCCCCAAGAUCACCAAGGAUGGUGUCAGUGUGGCCAAGGCCAUUACCCUCGAGGACAAGUUCGAGAACCUCGGCGCUCGCCUCAUUCAGGAGGUCGCUUCCAAGACCAAUGAGACCGCUGGUGAUGGUACCACUACCGCGACCGUCCUCGCCCGUGCCAUCUUCUCCGAGACCGUCAAGAACGUUGCCGCUGGAUGCAACCCCAUGGACCUCCGCCGCGGUAUCCAGGCCGCUGUCGACGCCGCUGUUGACUACCUCCAGCAGAACAAGCGCGACAUCACCACCGGAGAGGAGAUCGCUCAGGUCGCUACCAUCUCGGCCAAUGGUGACACCCACGUUGGUAAGCUCAUCUCCACCGCCAUGGAGAAGGUUGGCAAGGAGGGUGUCAUCACCGUCAAGGAGGGCAAGACCCUCGAGGAUGAGCUCGAGGUGACUGAGGGUAUGCGCUUCGACCGUGGCUACACCUCUCCCUACUUCAUCACCGACGCCAAGUCCCAGAAGGUCGAGUUUGAGAAGCCCCUGAUCCUCCUCUCCGAGAAGAAGAUCUCUGCUGUCCAGGAUAUCAUCCCCGCCCUUGAGGCCUCCACCACUCUCCGCCGUCCUCUCGUCAUCAUUGCCGAGGACAUCGAGGGUGAGGCUCUCGCCGUCUGCAUCCUGAACAAGCUCCGUGGUCAGCUCCAGGUUGCCGCUGUCAAGGCCCCUGGCUUCGGUGACAACCGCAAGAGCAUCCUCGGUGACCUUGGUGUCCUGACCAACGGUACCGUCUUCACUGACGAGCUGGACAUCAAGCUUGAGAAGCUCACCCCCGACAUGCUCGGCUCCACUGGUUCCAUCACCAUCACCAAGGAGGACACCAUCAUCCUCAACGGUGAGGGCAGCAAGGACUCCAUUGCCCAGCGCUGCGAGCAGAUCCGUGGCGUCAUGGCUGACCCUACCACCUCCGAGUACGAGAAGGAGAAGCUCCAGGAGCGUCUCGCUAAGCUCUCUGGCGGUGUCGCCGUCAUCAAGGUCGGCGGUGCCUCCGAGGUUGAGGUCGGUGAGAAGAAGGACCGUGUCGUUGAUGCCCUCAACGCCACCCGUGCCGCCGUUGAGGAGGGUAUCCUCCCUGGUGGUGGUACUGCCCUGCUCAAGGCCGCCGCCAACGGCCUUGCCAACGUCAAGCCUGCCAACUUCGACCAGCAGCUCGGUGUGAGCAUCAUCAAGAGCGCCAUCACCCGCCCUGCUCGUACCAUUGUCGAGAACGCUGGCCUUGAGGGCAGCGUCAUUGUCGGCAAGCUCACCGAUGAUUUCGCCGCCGACUUCAACCGUGGCUUCGACAGCUCCAAGGGCGAGUAUGUCGACAUGAUCUCUGCCGGUAUUGUCGAUCCCCUCAAGGUUGUUCGCACCGCUCUCGUUGACGCCAGCGGUGUGGCCUCCCUCCUGGGUACCACCGAGGUCGCCAUCGUCGAUGCCCCCGAGCCCAAGGGUCCCCCUGCCCCCCCUGCUGGCGGCAUGGGCGGCAUGGGCGGCAUGGGUGGCGGCAUGUUCUAAGCUGAUCUUAGGCCGCUGUCCCAUCCAUGAUCUCCUCCUUUCACCUUCCCAAGGGUUAUUCUGCCUUUUUGAGCGUGUCUUGCAUAGUAUGAGCAUUUCCUUUUCUUCUUCUAUAUUCUGCUUUUUUUUUCCCUUCCCUUUUCGCCCAAAUGUCUUCUACAACAACCUACCUCUCUCCUCCUCUAUCCUCCCUCUUGUUUUUCCCUCGUCUUCCGCACACCCCAUCUCCACUCUACUAAGGGCGUCCUUUUGGGCAUAGAAAAAGGUCUCAAGGUCCAGUGUACCAUAUAUGUAUU